CCAUUGUGGCUCAAGCCAUGCCGACUCCAACCACAUAGUGCUCAAACCACUGUGGUGCCAUCUCUUUCCAGAUGUCAGACAGGCGGCGAGAAUAUCGACGAGAGGCUGUUUCUUUGGAGGUGACAAUUAAGAAGUGUGUUCAGGGAAGACAGUGGAGCGCAGCAUUGCAUUUGCUCCGCGAAGGCAUUCGAUUAGGUGUGGAACUUUUUGAAGGCCACUACAUGGUGAAUGUCGGCGCAUACAGACAAAGAGGACAGUGGCAACUCGCGCUGUCGCUGCUCAGUGAACUGUGGCAGUCGCAGAUGAAGGCCAGCGUCAUCAGCUAUAGCGCUGGGGUCAGCGCGUGCGAGCAGGGUGGGCAGUGGCAGCGCGCUUUGGCGAUUCUCAGCGAGAUACGGGAGGCGAAGGUGAGGCUCGACGCCAUCAUCUUCAACGCUGGUAUCAGCGCGUGCGAGAAGAGUGGGCAGUGGCAGCCAGCUUUGGUGCUAUUCAGCGAGAUGUGGGAUGCCAAGCUGGAGCCCGACGUCGUCAGCUUCAACGCUGGGAUCAGCGCGUGCGGGAGCGGCCAGCAGUGGCAGCAAGCUUUGGCGCUGCUCAGCGAGAUGUGGGAUGCGAGGUUGGAGCCCGACUCAUCAGCUACGGUGCUGGUGUCGGCGCGUGCGAGAAGGGCAGGCAGUGGCAGCGAGCUCUGGCUCUGCUCAGCGCGAUGUUGGAGGCCAAGCUGGGCCCCGACGUCGUCAGCUUCAACGCUGGCAUCAGCGCGUGCGAGAAGGGCGAGCAGUGGCAGCGGGCUUUGGCGCUGCUUCGCGACAUGCUGGAGGCGAAACUGGAGCCAAUCAGCUACGUUGCUGGGAUCAGCGCGUGUGAGAAAGGCGGGCAAUGGCAGUGGGCUCUGACGGUUCUCAGCGAGAUGCAAGAAGCGAGGCUGGAGCCCAACACCAUCAGUUAUGGCGCUGGGAUCACCUCGUGUCAGAAGGGCGGACAGUGGCAGCGGGCUUUGGCGCUGUUCAGCGAGAUGUGGGAGGCGCAGGUGUAUCCCGACGCUCGCAGUUACUGCGCUUGCGUGAGCGCGUGUGAGGAUGCCAGCAAGUGGCAGCAGGCUUUGGCGUUGCUCGUCGAGAUGUGAUUAGUGAGGCUGUAGCCCGGCGCCAACAGUUACACCGUUGGGGGUGAGUGCCUGCGAGAAGGGCGGUCAGUGGCAGCGGGCUUUGGCGCUGUUCAGCGAGAUGUGGGAAGCGCAGGUGUAUCCCGACGCCCGAAGCUACUGCGCUGGCGUGAGCGCGUGCGAGGAGGCCAGCAAGUGUUCAGCGAGAUGUGGAAGGCGCAGAUGUAUCCCGACGCCCGAAGCUACUGCGCUGGUAAGCGCGCGUGCGAGGAGGCCAGGGAGUGGCAGCGGGCUUCGGCGCUGCCCAGCGAGAUACGAUAAGCGAAGCUGGAACCCAACAGCAACAGUUACAGCGCUGGGCUCAGCCUCUGCGAGAACGGCGGGCACUGGCAACAGGCUCUGUUCGUUCGGCGUUGCUCAAGACGGAAGUGAAGCCCAACGCCAUUGCCAGUGGCAAUGCUGUCGCCAGCGCGUGCGAGUCGGCCAGGGAUAGGUUCAAAGCGCCGUCGCUGCUCCAGAAGGCGGGGAAGCGAGGCUGGAGACGGACGACGUCAGCCAGGGCAUGCGAGAAGGGUGGGCGUGGCCGGAAGCGCUGUCGCCGGCCAGGGGGAAUCUCGGCUGCACGCAGGAGCAACCCUUCGCAGGAGUGACUUCUUGUGCGGGCCCUCUCGGGACCCCCGAUCGCCGGAUGCGAGGCGGCAGCAGGGGCCUGCGCGCUUGGGUUUGGCCCUCCUGCGCCCCCCCCUGAGCCUGCGCACGAAAGGCCACUCUGGCCGACGCCGGCGGCCCACGGAGUGGGGUGGCGCGAGGGGGCUGGCCUCUCAGAGGGGCGGGGGGCUUCUUGGACGGUGGGGGGCCUUCUCGGGAGCGCCUGGAUGCCUCUGAGGAGGCCUCUCAGGAGCUGGGGGGGCUUCUCCUAACCCCCCGCCCUCUCAGCCGCGCCCCUGUGCGCGCCACCAGCGAUCGUCACUCUUGCGCGUGCUACAGAAAUCGGGGAAGCGAUGUUGGAACCGACGGUUAUCGGGUACGCUGCUGGCUCUGGAGGAUGCGGGCGGCAGUCGGCUGAGCAGCGUCGCUGGUGUUGGCGCGUCUGUGAGAGGGGGCGGGCAGUGGCCACAGGCACCGUCACUGCUCGGGGAUAUCAGGGAAGCAAAGUUGAAGUCAGGAUUGGCGGUGUGUGUGUGUGUGUGUAUGUGUGGGUGUAGCGUGCUUCUCGGCCCUUGCACCCAGAUCGGGCCUGGGCGCUCCGCAGUCUCUACCCCAGGCCCUCCAGGCUUUCUCCGGCACGGCGCUCGCUGUCUUUCCGGACUUGUCCUAUCCCUCCUUCUCCUUCCUUCGCCAAUCGCCAUCUCGGCUCAGGUCUUGAUGCGCCAGGGACAGGACUCCGCCCUUCGGGUGUGCGGCUUCUUUCGUCUCUUCACCACCGUACAGCACGCAGGGUAGGAUCGGCUCUCUGCCACUUUCCCUGCCACACGCGGGCGUAGCUAACGAACUUCGUAUACUUACGCGCGAAAGCGCGCUGGCGUUGCAUCCGGCCCCUGGAUAUGGGCGGGCCCAGCGCGACAGCCUUGCAUGCACGCAAGGCUUGCUGCCGCUUAUUCCGACUCCACGGCUGCUCCUUCGUGCGUGGCCAGCACUCUUUCGCAUCGCUUGCGCUGUGGGCCCGCCCCCGCGCGGGUGUGUGGGUCGAGGAUGCCGAAUUACCGUCAGACCACCGAGUGCUGACCCCAUCAGGUUGACAGAUUUUGCUCCCUAGUCUGCUGUGAACAGCCCGCGAGGGUUGAGGGACCUGAGGCGACACGUUCGUGAAACAAAGCAUGC